ACCCACAAAAAAGAAGCAGCUGUUACUAGCAAAGUUUAGGUUAAAGUUUUUCGCCGGCGAGUAAACACUACAUUUGAUCAGAUUCACUAACCUUGCAUACCCUGGAAGUGAUCUAAGGAUGAUGGCAGACAGAUCCGUGAGUAACUGACGAGGAUCAAGAGUAAUGGACAUGCUUGCCAGUUAACAGCCAAGCGAUAUCUGAGGGCCUGUAGCUAUGGGGACACAGUUCACAAUCGACGACGCGUUCGUCCUGGAGGGGGAGGAGGAAGGAGUCGUGCCUGGAGAGGAUGUGGGGGACUGGAAGGGGAGAGAGAAGGACGGCGGGGGAGACAUGACGUUCGGACCUCUUUCUUUUGCCAAAACACAAACUUCUGGACCCACUGGCACUCCUGAGCACAGUAAUCUGAAAUAUCAGAACCUGGAAAAUGAAGACGCCUUAGGUGGCACCGUGAACUCUUCUUUCAAUAACUUUUUCAAAAUCAGUGAUCCUGCUACUCUGUCCUACUGCAGCUCUCAGUGGUCCUUCAGCACACUCAGCUCAGUCACACAGCUGUCUGCUCACUGCUGCGGGUGGACGUCUCACCCGCUGGUGAAAAAGAAUAGACGAGUCGUUCUUGCCUCAUUCCUCCUCUUAAUCACUGGAGUUGCUUUGAUCUUUACAGGCAUUGUCAUACAGUUAAACCCUCACGCAGGUGUUUCAAGUGCAAUUUUCUUUGUCCCUGGAUUUCUUCUUUUCAUUCCUGGUGUCUAUCAUGUGAUCUAUAUAAGCUGUGCAGUUCGGGGACGAAGAGGAUUCAAGUUCUUUUAUUUGCCAUACUUUGAGAAGUAAACUGUUUUUCUUUGCAUCAUCCAGACUGGUGGUCUGGACUGCCCACCAUUUCAAACCCCCUAAAAUGAAGUAAGGGGAUGACCUACUUUCUACAACCUCAGUUACUAGUGGUUUUCUAAACAAUUUUUUCUUCAUUUUGGUAAAAGCCAGUCUGUAUGCAGAUCUAAGUAUAACCUCUACCGUAAAAAAACCAAACUGUGAUUUAAAGGAGUAGUUCACCCAAAAUGACAUGUUUGUUUAGAACCGGUUUUGACACUUUCACUUGUAAUUGGUGCUUCACCUGUGCAUACUUCUCCCAAUUCAUUUUUUUACUUUAAAAGCAUCAUACUCAGUUCUAUCAUCUAUCCAUAAUAUUGCUUUCUCCAGUGCGGUUGUUUGAAUGGGGAGAUAAAUAUGCACAGAUCUAGCGCUGUUUCCAAACGAAAGACAAAGAAGGACUUUUUACUGAGAAAAACGCUAUUGAAAAUUAAAAACUUUUAUCCACUUAUCUCUUGGAUGGCUUGUGGGAGUGUCAUUGUUUUUCAUUUUCGGGUGAACUAUUCUUUUAAAACAUCUGUGUAUACAGAAUUUGAAGUUACAUCGAGAUGUUUUAUAUCAGCUGUAGUGUUGUCAUCGGUUCUCAAUUCAGUGAAACAUACAAAAAGAGUAUUAGGCUUGUUAUAGAUGUACAAAGUUUUGUCAGGAAUAGCACAAUAACAAAAUUGUACACCUUUAGCCUUGACAAAUUAAAUCAUAGACGAAACAAAUGACAUGAAUGAAAAUCUCAAUAGGAGAAAACCAAAAACGCAGUUUAUCAUUUAGGCUUUUGCCACCUGAGUUGUAAAGCAUUCUUGUAAAAAUCAAAGCAAAAUGCAGCAACAAGUGAUUAGCUUUUCUACUGCACAUUCAUCCUUUUAACUAGUACCACUACUAACACUUUGAACCACUGUUUUAAUGUACAUUAUACAAAACAAAUGAGUAUUGAAAAGAUUUUGUAUUGUUGUUUAAUUUUUUUAAUCAUUAUGACACUACAAUAAAACUGUUUUUAUAUUUGCUUUUAA